UUUAAUUUAUGAAAAAAGGAUUAGUUCGUCUCUGUUCUAGCCAUUUAUUAAAACAAUCAAAGUUAUUUAGCACAAACAAUCGUUUAGCUUUUAGAUUUUGCUCAGGGAAAUAAGAAAAGCAUGAAUUCAAGGCAGAAACCAAGAAAUUGCUUGACAUUGUUGCUAAAUCAAUUUACACAGAUAAGGAUGUAUUCUUGAGAGAAUUAUUGUCUAAUGCUUCAGAUGCAUUGGAAAAACAAAGAUUUUUAGCAACACAAAAGGGAGAGCAAGUUCCAUCAGAUCUAGAAAUAAAGAUCGAAUUAGAUGAAUAAAAGAGAACAAUUACAAUCGAAGUAAAUAAGUAUAUUCUAUUGAAAAGGAUUCAGGAAUAGGUAUGACAAAACAAGAAAUGAUUGAUAAUCUUGGAACAAUAGCAAGAAGUGGAUCAAAAUAAUUUUUGGAAUAAGUUGGAACAUAAAUGAAUGAUAAGAUUAUUGGUUAAUUUGGAGUUGGAUUUUAUUCAUCAUUUAUUGUUGGAGACACAGUUGAAGUUGUAAGUAAAAGUGAAAGAUCAGAUAAAACUUAUCUUUGGGUUUCAGAUGGAACUGGAACAUUUUAAAUUUCAGAAGCUAAAGAUUUUUUCUAAGGCAGAGGAACUAAAAUAACUAUUCAUCUUAAACCAGAUUAAGCUAAUUUUUGUAAAAAAACUGAAGUCUUAAAAACAAUAUAAAGAUAUUCUAAUUUUAUUAAUUAUCCAAUCAUUGUGAACGGAGAGAGAUAGAAUAUUGUGUCAGCAAUCUGGGUGAGAAAUAAGAAUGAAAUCACUCCAGAAGAUUAUAAUAAAUUCUAUGAAUACAUAUCUAAUUCUAAACUUGCAUAUAAAUACAAACUUCACUAUUCUACAGAUGCUCCCUUGUCCAUUAAAGCAUUGUUGUAUAUACCACNAAGAGUAAUUUGUUAAUAUGUUCCAAAUUGA